UCACAUCAAAAGUUAGGAAAAAUGCUGUCAGUGAAACUAUUUAAAAUUCUGCAACUUUUUCACAAAAUAUAGCGAAGCAUGUUCAUGUAUUUAUCAAGAUGGGCAAAUAAUAAACAAUAUUUGUAAAGCAUUUAUUAGUAAUCAUAGUUCAGCAUUUACAAAUGUAUUAUUUAAGUCCAAAAUCACUUUAUUUCCAUUACCAAAGAUGAGUGAAUACUGUUAUAUUACGUGUUGUUUUUUGCUUGUUUAUGCUAGUAAAUACAUUAAUAUGAACUAAUGCAUUAUUGAAAAGCGUUCCCACCACCCCAAUCCAAGGUUCAUCGAUAGCGUCUAACAGACAUUUUAUGGGGAAGUUCAUGAGGAAAUCCGGCAGACUUGUAUUUCUGAUAAACAGCCAACAGCGUAAAAACUAACAAAACUGAUGUAUCAGCAAAUUGGAAAUUCUGCAUCAGACAAAAAUCCACGUGCUGUGGAUUACAUGAAAUAAAUCAAUGUCUGCACCUGACAGAAAAACACACAUUCACACACAGACAGGAUGCUGGUCCGGUGAGGAGUUUCCACUGGGGGCGGGGCUUACACUCUUUUCAGGAAGUGUUGGGACAGAGGAAAUUUUAUUUACGUGGUAAAUAAAAAAGUUCCUCGUCUGCAACUCUUAUAAACCAGGUGUGGUAUGUUUGCACGUCCACAUACUACAUAACCUCCCAGAGUCUGCUUGUGACGGCAGACAUGGCUGCAGUUACUCUUGUGGACCUCACAAACAUCUGUUCUUCAGAAAGCGACAUUUGCGUGAAAAACCGUAUCCGCACAUUCUGUGCAGUGACCGAGAAUGGCUCACAGGAGCCGGUGUACUUCGUGGCGGAUCCCGGGAGCUCCUUUGGGACGAUCAGAUUUCCGAGAAGCUCACUGCUUGAGAUGUUUGUCGGUUUCAGCAAUUCCCCACAGAUCCUGUGUAAAAGCUCUCUUUCGGCUUCGUUAUAUUCGUUCAAACAGGCCAUAGACGAAAGCGAUAUUAGUAACGUGAGGAUAGUGACCUCGAGCCGCGGUAGAGGGGUGUUUCAGGUCUACCAGGAGCUGCUCUUCACUUCUGCUUAUAGUUUUGAGUACUGCAUCAUGUUUGACAACCUGUCGUGUGACUCCUGUCCUCCGGGUGACCGAGCAAACAGCAGCACUCCUGCAGAAGGUGACGCCAGACUGGAGCUCAGCGCGUUCCUUCAGCGCCUGCCAGCGGUCAAAGGAGAUAUUACAGUUCUCAGAUCAGCUGCCAUUUCAGACUGCUUUGGCCAUGGCUUCAGCACCCGUACCGGAGGGAUCUCCUACAUCAGCACCAUGAGCUCAAUGAACCUCUUCUGCAACCCAAGGCGCAAAGACCCCAGAGCAGUGGUGGAUGAAAAUCGCCGGCGGCUCGGCCUGCAGGCUGGAUUUCAUUCUCGUCAGUUAAACCUCAUAAAGUGCAACCAUGCCAGUGAUGUGUGGGUGAUGGGCAAACCUGCCCCGGACAGUUACGAUGGACUGGUGACCAAUCAAUCAGACGUUGUCAUUGCAGCACCAGGGGCUGAUUGUAUGCCAUUGCUCUUCACUGACCCUGUAUCAAAGGUCAUUGGAGUUGCGCAUGCAGGCUGGAAGGGGACCCUGAUGGGAAUCGCCAUGGCAACAGUAAAAGCCAUGGUGUCAGAGUUUGGCAGCCGCCCUGCAGACAUUGUGGUUGUGAUUGGGCCUUCUGUGGGACCCUGCUGCUUCACUCUGGAGCAGGACUCGGCCAGAGAGUUUCAUUCCAUACACCCGGACUGUGUGCAAAACAUGGAGUCAUCCGAGCCUUCUGUCGACAUCAGGGUCGCUACUAGAGUUCUGCUGGAAAGAGGUGGGAUUAAACCUGAGCACAUAGAGAACAUCCGAAUCCCAAACCAGACGGAUUCUAUACCAUGCACAUCCUGCAGUCCUGAGCUAUUCUUCUCCCAUAGGAGAGACGGACUCAACUUUGGGACACAGAUUGGGUUCCUGUGGAUCAAGCCCUGACCGAAUGCACAAAAGCUUUAGAUAUAAUUGAAGUCAGAAUUAAUAUUAGCCCUCCUGUGAUUUUUGUUUUCUUCUUCUUCUUUUUUUUCCCAAAUGAAGUUUCACAGAGAAAGGAAUUUUCACAGUAUGUCUGAUAAUAUUUUUUCUUCUGGAAAAGGUCUAAUUUGUUUUAUUUCUGUUAGAAUAAAAGCAGUUUUUAUAAAAACCAUUUUAAGGUCAAUAUUAUUAGCCUGUUUAAGCUAUAUAUUUUUGGAUUGUCUACAAAACAAACC